AUGAAGCGAAGACGAACACAAGAUGGAAGAGUGGAUAUUGCUGAGCCAGGUGAGCUAGACGGUGGAGAUUCAAUGAGUAAUGGAUACAAUAGAGGUCCACCACCACCAUAUGGUGGGUCGUAUAGGUAUCGUACAUCUCAGUCACCAUCGAUGCGUGGCUCAUCACCAACAAGGUCGCCAUCCCCGGUCGGGUUGCCUCUUGAGCAUCAUGUCCGACGUUCAAGAUCACGAUCUCCCAAUAGACACUACUAUGGAGGUGGUGCUGGUCAUUGGAUGCCCUCUGGCGGACCAAAAGGAUACGCUAACAACACACCGCCACCAUCAUUUCCUCCUCUUCCUCAUCAUCACUUUGUAUACAAGGAUCGAGACAUUAACAAUGAGGAUCUGGAACGAGACAGUAUCAACUCACCCACCUAUGAGUCGCUGUUGAACCAGAGCAAGCCAUUCCUCGCAGGUGUGGCUGAUAAUCAUGACAACAGAGAGAGAGACCAUCGCGAUGUACAUAUCGAACAGCAAAAGGAGAAGGAGAAGGAGACGACUGUCAGCCACGAGGCUGAUAACUCAUUAGUCAAUCGAACACCAAACACAAUCAACAACCAUAACAACAACAAUAAUAACGACAACAACAACAACAGCAAUAGAUCAGCAUUAGAUUUAGCAACAACAUCUUCCUCAUCACCAUUGAGAAACGAAUACUCAUCGGAGCCAAGCUCAUCUGCCGGACCUUCGCCCAUGUUGUUUGCCAAGUCAUCAUCCAGUAGCACACCAACCAUGGGUUCAGAUUCAUUGAACAGGUCAACAGAGACAUCAACUGUGCACUCAUUCCUCCCACCGAUCCCACCCCUGGCAUUAUCCAGUCCACUCCAACCAGGACAAUUUACAUCGAUACCAGAGUUCAAGUUACCAGUACAACCUUCAACACCGUCGUCUCACAGCAGUGUUGGUGCCCAACAGCAUCAUCAUGAGAAUGGAUUGGUGUCACCUGCACUCAGGUCGACCACUCCUCCAAUCCAAGACUCACCAUCUGUUAGGGGUAUCUCUGUUGAUGAGCCUUCACAAUACUUUCCUCACCUUCCAAGCAAAGAGAUCAUUAUCUUUCGCAUGGAGGAUAUUGACAAUGAUAUCACUCUGGUGGAGAAGGAGCUCAAGUCACUACAGGCAAACUUGAACAAGAUCGAUACCGCCAUUGUUAAACUGUCUCAUCCUGCCCCAGCCACUUUGGCCAAGGCCAAGAAGCCAUCUCAACCUCUGAACACGAUCAAGAAGCAGCCAGCCAAGAUAUCCGUCGGCACUGGCCAGGCCAGUGCGACAACACAGCAGCGACAGUUGAAGAGGGAGAAUGAGGAUGAGAUAUAUAGAGAGAAUCAGGACUAUGCGAGAGAGUCUGAUGAGAUGGUACUGCAGACAUUCGAUGGUGAUGCACCAUAUCCACGUAUCAACGACCUGCCGUCAUAUCAAAUGAACAUAGAUAGCCACGAGGCUAUCAAGCAGCAUAUGGCACAGGUGGUGUUGAAGCAGCGUCGAGCGCUCAUCAGGCACAAUGGCAAGCUGGUGACAAAGUACAGGAAGGCCAUGGAGAACUUUAAGAAGAAGGCCAACAAGAUGGGUGAGAAUGGAUCAAAGAAUGCCAACAACAACAACAACAAGAGCACUGCAAACCAGACCUUUAGAGAGCGUCCAGCAUUGAGAUCUGCCACCACAACGAGGAGUGGACGAAGGCCAAUCUCUGAUGCGGUGCAUAGCGAGGCAGAGUUCAUCGAGAUCAUGGAUCAACUCAGAGAGCAGGAUGCAAUGGAUCCAAUUCGCAGACACAUACACAUGAUGGCAGAGGUACCGCCAAUGUUACCGCAAGGCGAAAGGGAUCUUCACUACAUCAACUUUAAUGGACUACUGGAGGAUCCUGUCUCUGUCGAUAAGGAGAGGAGAGCUCUGGUGCAAUGGACCGACGAAGAGAAGGAAAAGUUUGUUAAGAAGUAUGUGACGGUGGUAGAUGGAAUGAUUGAUUCAGAGCUGAGAGCUAACAAGCUAUCACCAAAUAGGUAUCUUCAAUAUCCCAAGAAGUUUAGCAAGAUAUCAUCAUUCUUUGAGAACAAGACCACAGAGGAUAUGGUAGUGUUCUAUUAUAACAACAAGAAGAAGCUCAAUCUAAAGACCAUGCUCCAGAACGCUCAGCUAAAGAAGAGGACUGGCAAGAGGUUUAAUGCGCAGUCGCCCGAGCCAUUCAACGAAACUCGCUUCCCUUGGUCCAACCAGGAGCGCGAGCUGUUCAACACGGCCUUUGCCAAGCAUGGCAUGGACUUCAAGGUAAUCUCUGAGACCAUUGGCAGCAAGACAUAUUCACAGUGUCGCAGUUUCUACUACAACUCCAAACGCAAGUCAAAGGGUGACACUGGCGACUCCAAAAGAAAGGUGGAGAUUUUGUCCACUGACUCGGAUGAUUAA